CUUUGGGAAGAUGGCAAUUGGCAAAUGGAGUAGUCCAAAAUCCCACACUCGUCAGGCCCGCUAGGGUUUCAGGCUUCCGAAUCCGAGCAGCUCCAUUCCCCAAAUCGCCUCUUGUCUCGCGCCCUCCCGCCCCGUUGCCGGCGACGAGCGCUGCAGGGCACAGGGUGCUCAGGCUGCAGCUUCGCCUGUCCCCGCCAUCUGCCGGACACCAAGCCCCGCCCCAAGUCCUAGCCUGCCAUCCGCCCGCCGCCCGCCAGUUGCUGCCUGACUGUCUCAACUGUUCACCGUGCGUACCCUGCAGACAUUUACCCAUGAAUGGCUAUUUUGUUGGUGCUCGCAACGACUUCCUGGGUUAUAUGCUCCAGUAAUGUGGAAACAAUUUCCUACCAAAGAAAGGUGCUUAACAAUUUGUUGUCACAAACCAGAAUGGCCCCAGGCACAUCAGGUCAGCCGGAGAGCAAGGGGCAGAAAAAAACGAUUAACAUUGGUUAUGAACUGGCGCAUCAAGCAUGGGACUUCAAAAUACAACAAGGAAGUUGCAGGGCAAAAAUUCCUUCAAAUAUACCGCGGCAGUAUGAUCCUAUACAGAACCUUGAUUCUGUGUUAAUUUUUGAUUUGAUGGAUAAUUCAAAUGGGCUUCACUGCUUGGAGAUUAUGACAAACUGCCUGCAUAAGAACAUAUUGCAUGCUCCAAUUGUUCAGAAGAAGGAGGAUGUUGACUGCAUUUCUGUAUGGCAUGAGCCUUACACAGGCAAUCUUCUUGCAUAUUUGGAAUCUACUUUGUUAGGGGCCAAACAUAUGGUUGGGGAAAAGGUUGUGCUCCCAACACCUGUGCUACAGAAUCUUAUAAGUCAAGUUUUUGAUGGAUUGAAGAUGCUGAGGCUCUGUGGGAAAUACCAUGGAAACUUUACACUUGAGAAGACAUACUAUUACAAGAAGAAUGGAAAUGAAAUCAUUGUGAAACUUGCUAAUUUUGAAGUUAAAGAUCAGGUGAAGUCUACUCCAGUAUUGCAAGCUAAGGACUGCCAGGCUGUUGGUGAUGCACUCAGAAAGAUCUCAAAGAUGGCUAAAGAUCGAAAAGAUCUUGAUUUUGAUUGCAGUCAAAUUGAUAGCCUUGCUGAAGAACUUAGGGAGUUUUCCUUCGGGGAUUUAUGCAAUAUUGAGAAGAAGAUUGGAGGCCAUCCUUUCUUUUGGGUUUUUGAUGAUAGGAAGUUCCUUUUGACUUGCUCGAUUCCUUUGGCCAUGAACAAACGCGCAUUUCGACAAAAGAUUGAGGGCAAUGAAGAUUUGAUUGCUCUUCCUUGGGACAAAGAGGACUAUGAUGGAUUAAUUAAUUUGAUGAUGAAGUACAGGGCAGAUCAUAUGAUUAAAAAGUUUGAUAUUAACAGCAGAGUUGACUAUGUGCUGUGUGUAAGUGGAAUGUAUGCUCAUGAAAAGGAGCUGAAGACCAACAUUCAGGUCGAUAGAGUCAUCAUGGAGAGAAACCCCGGCCUUUGCUGUCGACUAUAAUAUAUGUUAACAUGACUGGGAGGACUUCAGCAGACAUGAUAAUCCACACUGAAGAUAUAACCCUGGGAGCUGUGCGAGAGGUAGGCAUGAAGUCUGGAACAAUGGGAAACAGUGGCUUUUGGUUCCUACUUGUCUUUGAUAGAGCUAGCAGGAGGCGAAGAGAAACAUAGUUAAGUUAUUGAUAAUUUAGUAUUUGCAAAAGAGGGAGAUGCACCACUAAAGAUCUUAUAAAGAUUGGUACUGUUAUAUUUGGUGCUUUCAAUAUUUUCUUGGUAAUCUAUAGUACAAUGUCCGUGCGUUGCAACGAAUGAAUUGGCAAUUGCAAUUGUAUUUAAGCAGAAAAAUGUUAAGAGUAAAGGUAAUGUGCGACAGAGUGACAUUAAGAUGCGUUCAUUCACAUGGUUUUACACAA